ACUUGGGUCGAAUACAGAGCUAUUUUAUUUAUUCAUUUAUUUUCUCUCGCUUUUCUGUUUCCUUAAAAUCUUCAAACGUCAAGAAUUCGGGAUUUCGAUUUCUCUUCAGACACAGAUUUGAUUUUUCUAACAUAAUCUCGAUAUCUCUGUUUAUUGUUGGAGUCAUGAUUUUCGACACUGGAUUAACUCGAUCAAACCUCGAAAGCUUUCUCCAUUGCACAACACCAUCAGCAAAAUCCAAAUUCCUUCCCAAGAGUGAAAUUAGGAACCUUAAUCGUUUAUGGCAUCCACAGGAGAGAGAAAACGUUGAAUAUUUCACAUUAUCUGACCUUUGGAGUUCUUAUGAUGAAUGGAGUGCGUAUGGUGCCGGUGUUCCCAUCAUGUUGAAUGACAACGAAACCUUAGUCCAGUACUAUGUCCCGUAUCUCUCCGCCAUCCAAAUCUUCACCAGCAAUUCUCCGGUCAACAGCUUAAGGGAAGAGACGGAAUCGGGUGAUAGGGAUUCGUUCAGUGAUUCGAGCAGCAACGUGAGCGAAAGCGACAAGUUAUGGAGGUGGGACGGAUGCUCGUCAGAGGACGGCGGGUCCGAGCAAGACAGCGGUUGGCACGUCAAUAACAGGUUGGGAUACCUUUACUUUGAGUAUUUCGAGCGAUCAACUCCGUAUGGAAGAGUCCCUCUCACGGAUAAGGUUAAGGGAUUAUGUGGAAGAUACCCUGGUUUGAUGUCAUCGAGGAGCGUUGAUCUUUCUCCAGCCAGUUGGAUGGCAGUUUCCUGGUACCCAAUUUAUCACAUUCCCAUGGGGAGCAACAUAAAGGACUUGUCCACAUGCUUCCUUACUUACCACACUCUAUCAUCUUCUUUUCAAGAUAUGGACCCAGACGAUGACAUCAACGGUGCCAAAAGGAAGCGAAAGGAAGUCGAUGGCAUCUCACUUCCGCCAUUCGGGUUGGCCACUUACAAGAUGCAAGGCGACGUGUGGGCGUCGGGCAAUUGCGGGCGGGACCAGGAGAAGUUAGUGUCGCUUUUGAGCGUGGCGGAUUCGUGGCUAAAGCAACUUGGGGUCCAGCACCAUGACUUCAACUACUUCACGGGGAUUCGACGUGGCUGAAGUUGUUAUUGUCCCAUGGAAUUGAAUUGUUUUAUUUUUAAAAAAAAUAUUUUUACAGGAUUUCAGCAGGGAGCUAGGGGGUAUGAGUAGUGAGAGUUAGUCUUUUUUUUUUUUUGCAACUGUUUUAAGCCAGUUUAUGGGCUUAAUUGUUGGGUGUCGUCC